AAUCACUAAGAGUGCUCCUGGAGGCUUUUUGGUAGACGCUCUCUACGCGUGUUGUCUGCCCGGCUGCUUGUGAAGUUCCAGCCUCAUGGCGGAGAUAAUUCAGGAACGCAUAGAAGAUCGAAUCCCGGAGUUGGAACAGCUGGAGCGCAUCGGACUCUUCAGCCACGCGGAGAUUAAGGCUAUCAUCAAGAAGGCUUCUAACCUAGAAUACAAAAUACAUCGGAGAACCCUUCUCAAGGAAGACUUUAUCAACUAUGUUCAAUAUGAAAUCAAUCUUUUGGAGCUGAUCCAGAGAAGACGAGCAAGAAUUAAAUAUUCAUUUAAGAAGGAUGAAAUUGAAUAUUCUAUUGUACAUCGGGUACAAGGUAUCUUUGGCCGUGCUUCAGCGAAGUGGAAAGAUGACGUUCAGCUUUGGCUGUCCUACAUAGUGUUUUGUAAGAAGUGGGGUACCAAAUCUCAUCUUAGCAAGAUAUUCUCUACCAUGCUUGCCAUUCAUUCAAACAAACCAGCUUUGUGGAUUAUGGCAGCCAAAUGGGAAAUGGAAGACCGCUUGUCUUCAGAGAGUGCCAGGCAGUUAUUUCUUCGGGCUCUACGCUUUCAUCCCGAGUGUCCAAAGCUCUACCAAGAAUACUUUAGGAUGGAGCUGAUGCAUGCUGAGAAACUGAGAAAGGAAAAGCAAGAAUUUGAAAAAGCUGCCAUGGAUGUGGGGAAUUUUGAUCAUCCUGAAGAAAUCCUUAAAGGCGAGUUGGCAAGGAUCAUUUACAAAAAUUCUAUAAGCAAAAUUAAAGGUGCGGAAUUCCAUGUGUCACUUCUUGCUAUUGCUCAGCUGUUUGAUUUUGCCAAAGAUCUACAGAAGGAAAUUUAUGAUGACCUUCAAGCUCUGCACACCGAUGACCCACUCACGUGGGAUUAUGUGGCGCGGCGGGAAUUAGAGAUUGAGUCCCAACCAGGUGAAGAGCAGCAUGUAUCGAAACAAGCCAAAGCAGUGGAGGUGGGCCGCAGGGAAGAAAGGUGCUGUGCAGUGUAUGAAGAGGCAGUGAGGACCCUGCCUACAGAGGCCAUGUGGAAGUGUUACAUCACCUUUUGCUUGGAGAGGUUUUCUAAGAAGACCAGUAGUGUACCUCUCAGAGGGCAGAGGCUGGAAAGAACUGUGCUUGCAUUCAGGAAGGCCCAUGAGCUGAAGUGCCUUUCGGAAGUCCAGUACAAGCAGUGGAUUGACUUGUUGCUGCGCCAGGACCUCUUCAAAGAGGCUCUGCAGGUGGCAGAAGCUGGGACUGAAUUGUUCAAGGACUCUGUAACAAUGUGGCAGACGAAGCUGCAGGCGCUCAUUGACUCAAAGAGCCCAGAUGUAGUGAUGCACUUUGAAGAAGCCUUUGCACACCUCAAACCCCAGGUUUGCUUGCCCUUGUGGGUUUCUUGGGCAGAGUGGAGUGAAAGUGCUAAAAGCCAGGAGGACACUGAAGCCAUCUUUAAGAAAGCUAUGUUAGCUGUCACAGGCACCAGCUCAGUGACCCUGAAGGAGAAAUACCUGGAUUGGGCUUAUCGGAAUGGAGGCUACAAAAAGGCCAGAGCAGUGUUUAAAAGUUUACAGGAAAGCCGUCCAUUUUCAGUUGAGUUUUUCAGGAAAAUGAUGCAGUUUGAAAAGGAGCAGGAGUCCUGCAAGAUGGUGAACCUGAGGGAAUAUUAUGAGCGGGCGUUGAGAGAGUUUGGGUCUACAGAUUCUGAUCUUUGGAUGGAUUACAUCAAGGAAGAAUUGAGCCAUCCCUUCGGUAGACCUGAGAACUGCGGACAGAUCUAUUGGCGAGCCAUGAAAAUGUUACAGGGACAGUCAGCAGAGCUGUUUGUAGCUAAACAUGCCAUGCAUCAGGCUGGUCACUAGUCACCACCAGUUUGCUGAAAUUGUAUUGCAAGUCUUCGGUCAGGUUUGUGAUGAGCCGGUGUGUGAGUUGUCGAGAACUGGCAGGAGAACGGAUUGAUUUUCGUAACAUACUUUUACUUGGCGUUACUCUUUGGUUCUAGAAACGAGAAUUACUGGUGCCUGUUAAAUCUAAAAUACACAGAAAUUACAUGG